AGCUAUCACGACACGGAGGCGUCAUCACACGCACGAGCGCAGUCCGUUUGAAUCGCUGGGCAGACGUGAGUUCGCGGAGUUGUUGAUCCGAUGAUCUGCUUUUUAAAACAAUUUAUCCACAUGGUCAAUCUGGAUUUUUCGCAAUAAAUCUUAUAUGGACUUUGCUGCAUUCUGCGUGUAUCUCCAACGUUUUUAUCCUCGUAGAUCGUAAUUAGAAUUUUGUGGCAAGAAAAUGGCAACGGACGAGCUGUCAUCGAAGCUGACCCGUCGGCUGCAGAUCGAGGAGGGCGCGGAGGAGCCGGUCGCCCUGGACGGGGAUCAUCAGAACGGAGCGCACGACAAACCGACCACGGCCAGCGCGGACUCGGAGCUGGGGGCGAAGCUGCAGCGGCGCGGGGAUCUGAACGAGGGCGUCGGUGAACAUCAUCAGCCCAGCAUGAAGGUGUUCAACCCUUACACCGAGUUCAAGGAGUUCUCGAGGAAACAGAUCAAAGACAUGGAGAAGAUGUUCAAGGAGUAUGAUUCAGAGAAAGAUAACUAUAUUGACCUGAUGGAGCUGAAGCUGAUGAUGGAGAAACUUGGAGCACCUCAGACUCAUUUGGGUCUGAAGAACAUGAUCAAAGAAGUUGACGAGGACCUGGAUGGCAAACUUAGCUUUAGAGAGUUUCUUCUUAUCUUCAGAAAAGCAGCUGCAGGAGAGCUGGCCGAGGAUAGUGGUCUUCAUGUCCUGGCUCGUCUGUCAGAGAUCGAUGUAUCAACUGAGGGUGUGAAGGGAGCCAAAUCAUUCUUUGAAGCAAAAGUGCAUGCCAUUAAUGAAUCCAGCCGCUUUGAGACAGAAAUACGACAGGAGCAGGAGGAGAAAAAGCGUCAGGCGGAGGAACGGAAACAAAGACAAGCCGCUUUUAAAGAGCUAAAGUCAGCCUUCAAAUAAUCACGCCCACCUUCAACAUCUUCAUGUGUCUUUCUGUCUAUUGAAGCUUCGUCAGAGAGCGCCAUAAUAAGAGCUACUAUGCAAGGCUGUGAACCCCUCAAAGACCCAUGCAGAUUCAUCUUCCUGAGAGAGAUACUGUAGUGUAGUUUUGUGUUCAUGUCUGGAUCUCACUCGCGUCAUUUGUUAAGUCGUUUUAUUGUUGCUUCUUCUGCUCUCUCUAUUGCUCUCUGUCUCUCAGGCUGUUUUAUAAUGUGAAGCCAGGCACUGAUCUCAGUACACUGGAUUGAAUUUGUUCAAGUCUGUUUCAAUCGCAUGUGUAAUGCCGUACACGUAGUGUUCAGUGUCAGUGUUGUUUUAACUUGAACGGCUUGUUUCACCUCACUUGUGUCUUGUUCUCGUUAAUUUUAAAACGUGAUUUAAUUCCAAGGCUUUAGCAGACAGGAGUUUUAAAAGGUUUUUAAUGAAUUGAGCUUGUACUCUUAGUGUGUGCCAUAUCAAACCACAUCAGUUCCUGUGGGAGGAGAACAUUCUUGUCACUGUACCGUUACUAAUUAAAUUGACAUCACAGUGGCAUAUUCAGAGGAAAAAGGGGUUUAUAUUUUAAUUUUAAUUUUUUUUAAAGGGAUUUAGAGGUGGAUGUGCAUGUGGGGUGGUGAUUGUAAUGGUGUUUGCUGUGAGCGUUUCUAUUUUUUGCAUGAUCACUGUGAUGUUAUUUUCCCUAAAUGGUCCUCUUUAGUCUUACGAUUGCUAAGAUGAAAAAUUGCAAUGAUAAAUCAAAAAAAAACUUGAGUCAAAAUGAAACAACAACUCCAUUCAGAGUUCAAAUUCAGUUUCAAUGUUAUGUGUGAAAUCGCUGAUCUUAGCUAUUUCUUUGGCUUAUUUUGACAGCUUGACAGUGUUAUGUGUGUCCUUGUGUGCUGAAGUAACUAUGACACACUUGAAGGGUUGGUCGGAUGCCAAAUGGCUGAGUAAAAUACAGCUUCUCGGCUUUAUUAAGUGUUAGCGCAUGCAGUAUGGCCUGCGGUGGUUGAACUAAAUCAACCUUAUGACCAACAUUACAAGGCUUGGCAUACACCUCAAGCACAAUGAGCACUGCAUUGUUUGAUAUACAGCAUAAAAAAAUAGGCAUGGCUCAUAAAGCCAGUGCAUGUUAUUCAUUCUGGGUUAAAAUGUAGGUAUUACGUUUUAAAAACAUAAGAGAUUUCACUAACAAACAUCUGAAAAAAAGGGAACGUUUUACAAUUAUCCACAGGUAUGUAUUGAUAGACUUGUGGUCAUCUCAUUAAUGUUGACAUGCAGUACACUGUGGCAAAGUAAACUGAGAUGCUAUGUAUAAAGAAAAUUCUAUAUUUUCACGUGAUUAAAAUGAUAAAUAAUUUUAGUUUUGUAUGGAAAGGGGUCUUGUGAAGAGAAACAUUUUUAUUUUCUCAAUAGGAAUUGGUUGUCUACGCUAUCGUCAUAUUUUUUCUCUGCAUAAUUCAGAUAUUCCUGUCUGUCACACAAAUAUAGAAAGUAUUCCUUUCUGUACUGGAGGCAAUAUUGUUGACAAAUGCUUCGCUUCAUUCUGUAUUAUAUUCUUACAAAUUGUUUUUAUGUUCUGAGUCACUGCUAAAUAGUCUUGUUUGUUCACUAGUUCUGUUGGAACAAUCGAUGUAUGAAUAUUUGUCUCCCUAUCUUCUGUUCUUGUUGUAUAGCCGUCCAUAUUUCCCUUUUACUUUGUUUGCUGCUGUUCCAGUUUAAAAUAUUUAGAAUAUUGGGUAUUAAAGGGUAAAUGUAGUAACAUACAUGUUAGUGUUUGGUGAACGAGAGUCUGAGACAACAGCAAAUUGAAUUCUGUUGAACGCCAUAAACGGUUCUGUCAUUCCUUUUUGAGGGAUUUUGGCUCUUUCGUUGUUAUGUUGUGCCAAAUGUCCAAAAUACUGUGUUAGGUGCAUCGUUCCAAUGUAAAUAUCCUUGAAUCCCAUAUGAUAACAUUUCUUAUCAACAGUUUAAAAAGAAGGUCAUCUAAAUUAUUAUUAUAACAUAUAAAGGCUUUUUAGAAUUUGGUCUAAACAUCACCGAUGUACAGUGUUGAGUCUAUUUAACUGUUGUUAUUACACUUAAAAGAAACCAUUAGGUAAUAAGUCAACUAAUUAAAAAAAAUAGAUAAACAAUUAAAAUUGCAUAUCUGAAUUAUUCCCACACGGCUUGUGCAGUAUCACCUGAAAGAAAGACAUUUAUACUUCCAAGAAAAUAUCAUUCCAUGGCAGACAACUCGGAAAUCUCAUUUUUUAUUGGCCAGAAAAAUGAGAUACAGUUUCUUCAUUCCAUUUAUCUGAGAAGGGUUGAAAGGACCUUGAACCAUCUUGAUUCCACACGGUCUCAAUGUCAGUUUAUAAUAUAGUGGCUAUGGUAUUAUACAUUCUACAUGCUAACACAUGUUGUUAUGUGGCUUCUAUAAUAUGCACAUUUAUUUUGGAUUUUCUUACUAAAAUGUAUAAUUAUUCUUGUGACAAUAAAAUACUUUUAAUUUGGAA